AUGCCCUUGAAACGUUCACACGCGCGACAGAUGCGCGUGCUAUUGUUACACGCGCUAUCGAAAACAGAGUGUCUGCAGUGGCGAAUCCCCCCGCCAACCCCUAGCGGUCCCCUGCACCGGACCAUUGUGCUGCGAAGGGAACCGCAGUUGAAUUUCCAAAAGCGCCGCCUCCCCGCACAAUGGGGACCCCCGGACAAAUCGCGCCUUAGA